CGCACCUCUUGUUUCCCGCUUGGAGGACCGCGCAGGACUCUCUCCCGCCUCUCGCUGCUCGGUCUCCGCAGACCCCGGCUCGGCGGCGGGACAUGAGCAGCAAUGACUCCGCCCUCAUGGCGGAGAUCAUUUACUACAGCCAGGAAAAGUACUUCCGGCACGUGCAGCAGGUGGCCAGCCUGGGCCUGGAGAAGUUCAGCAAUGACCCUGUGUUGCUAUUCUUCAGAGCUUAUGGGAUCCUCAGGGAAGAGCGCAUCCAAGAUGCCAUCAGCGAGCUGGAGAGCAUCCAGAGACACCCAGAUGUGUCCCUGUGCUCCAUCAUGGCCCUGAUCUAUGCUCACAAAUGCUGCGAGACUGUUGACCGAGAAGCGGUCCUGGAGCUGGAGAGCAGCCUGAAAGGGAUCCGUAAGAAGGCCAGCAACACGGCCCUGUACUACGCCAGCCUCUUCCUCUGGCUCGUGGGCCGCCCUGACAAGGCCAGGGAGUACGUGGACCACAUGCUGAAGACCUGUGGCAGCUCCAGAGAGGGCUGUGUGCUCAAGGGCUGGGUGGACCUCACCUCCAAUAAAGCCCACGUGGUGAAGAAGUCCAUCAAGUACCUGGAACAGGGAACUCAAGACCCCAAAGACGUGCUGGGGCUGAUGGGAAAGGGCCGCGGGGCAACGUAUUUCCUGAUGCAGCAGAACUUCUCGAUGGCGCUGGAGGUGGUGAGCCAGGUCACGGCGGCCUGCGGGCACUUCCUGCCCGCCUUCGUCCUGAAGAUGCGGCUGUUCCUGGCGCAGCAAGACUGGGAGCAGACGCUGGAAACGGGGCACAGAAUCCUCGAACUCGACGAGGGCAAUAUCGAUGCCUGGCAAGUUCUGGCCGUGCAUGAGCUCGUGAGGGAAGGAAGCAUGGCCGCAGCUGCUGAUCAUGUUAGAAAUCUGAUCAAGGCGCUGGAGACACGAGAACCCCACAACGCAGACCUCCAUUUUCGAAGGAUCCUCGUGGUCGGCAGGCUGUGUGGGAGACACCAUGCGGUCAUGCGGCUCGUGAGCACCUUCAUGGAGCGCAUCUUCAUGGCCAUGCCCUCCUGCUCCUUGGUGGCCACGGAGCUGGGCUACCACUUCAUGCUACAGCACCAAGUGAAGGAGGCGAGUCUGUGGUACUCCAAGGCCAUGAAGCUGGAAGAUAACAAGAUGGCUGCCUUGGCAGGGAGCAUCUGGUGCCAGAUCUUGCAGGGCCAGCUGGACGAGGCCUCCCACCAGCUGGAGUUUCUGAAGGAGGUGCAACAGUCCCUGGGCAAGUUUGAGGUGCUGGUCUUCCUGCAAGCCCUGGUGGCGUCGCGGAGGCACAGGGGGGAGCUGGAGGUCACGGCCCUGCUGAAGGAAGCCGUGGAGCUGCACUUCUCGGGCAUGCAGGGGCUGCCCCUGAGCCCCGAGUAUUUUGAGAAGUUGGACCCCCUCUUUGUGGUCUGCCUUGCCAAGGAGUAUCUGCACUUCUGCCCCAAGCAGCCCCGGUCACCAGGCCAGCUCGUGUCUCCGCUUCUUAAACAAGUCGCCAUGAUCCUGAGUCCCGUGGUGAAGGCAGCCCCUGCCAUGAUGGACCCUCUGUACGUGAUGGCGCAAGUCAAGUACCUCUCAGGAGAGCUGGAGAAUGCUCAGAGUGCCCUGCAACGCUGCCUGGAGCUGGACCCCACCUUUGUGGAUGCCCACCUGCUCAUGUCCCAAAUCUACCUGGCUCAGGGCAACUUUGCCAUGUGUUCUCACUGCUUGGAGCUGGGUGUCAGCCACAAUUUCCAGGUCCGAGAUCAUCCACUGUACCACUUCAUCAAAGCCAGGGCCCUCAACAAAACUGGAGACUAUCCCGAGGCCAUAAAGACGCUGAAAAUGAUCAUAAAGUUGCCCACUGUGAAGGUGGAGGAGGGCCGGAAGUUGCGAGGGCCCUACGUGAAGCCCAGCGAGCGGGCGUCCAUCUUACUGGAGCUGGUCGAAGCCCUCCGGCUAAACGGAGAGCUGCACGAGGCCACCAAGAUCAUGCAGGACGCCAUCAACGAGUUCAGCGGCACACCGGAGGAGAUGCGCGUCACCAUCGCCAACGUGGACCUGGCGCUGAGCAAAGGCAACGUGGACCUGGCGCUGAGCACACUGCGGGGCAUCUCGCCCAAGCAGGCCUGCUACACCGAGGCCAAGGAGAAAAUGGCCAGCAUCUACCUGCACAGCCGCAAGGACGCGCACCUCUACAUCGGCUGCUACCUGGAGCUCUGUGAACAUGUGCCGGGACCCCACAGCAGCCUGCUACUGGGCGAUGCCUUCAUGAACAUUCAGGAGCCCGAAAAGGCCCUGGAGGUAUAUGACGAAGCCUAUAGAAAGAACCCGCACGAUGCCACUCUGGUCAGCAGGAUCGGGCAGGCCUAUGUGAAGACCCACCAGUACACCAAGGCCAUUAAUUAUUACGAGGCUGCCCAGAAGAUCAGCGGGCAGGACUUCCUGUGCUGUGAUCUGGCCGAACUGCUUCUGAAGUUAAAGAAGUUCCACAAGGCAGAGAAGGUUCUGAAGCAGGCGCUGGAACGAGACUCGGCAACCAAAGACAUCCUGUCCAUGAUGAAUGAGGUUAAGUGUUUGCUCUUGCUGGCAAAGGUGUACAAGAGCCAUAAAAGAGAAGACGUGAUGGAGACCUUGAACAAGGCCUUGGAUCUCCAGUCCCGGAUACUGAAGCGGGUUCCCUUGGAGCAGCCGGAGACGAUCCCCUUUCAGAAGCAGCUGGCAGCUUCCAUCUGCAUCCAGUUUGGGGAGCACUUCCAGGCGGAGAAGGACUAUGGCAAGGCAGCCCAGUACUAUAAGGACGCGCUCUCCUACUCACCCACCGACAACAAGGUGGUGUUGGAGCUGGCCCGGCUCUCCCUGCUCCAGGGGCACUUGGACUUGUGUGAGCAGCACUGUGGCACCCUCCUGCAGAUGGAAGAAACCCACGAAAGCGCCAUUGUGAUGAUGGCUGACCUGAUGUUUAGAAAACAGGACUACGAAGCAGCCAUCAGUUACUACCGCCACGUCCUGGAGAAAGCGCCAGACAAUUUUUCGGUAUUGAAUAAAUUGAUUGAUUUGCUAAGAAGAGUCGGCGAGAUAGAUGAGGCUCCUGCCUUCUUUGAACUGGCCAAGAAGGUGUCCAGCCGAGUACCUUUGGAGCCAGGGUUCAACUACUGCAGAGGUAUCUACUGCUGGCACAUAGGGCAGCCCAGUGAAGCCUUGAAGUUUCUAAACAAAGCCCGCAAGGACAGCACUUGGGGCCAGAGCGCCACCUCCUACAUGGUGCAGAUCUGUCUAAACCCCGACAACGAGGUUGUGGGCGGGGAGGCUUUUGAGAGCCUGUCAGCUGACAGCCACCCCACCAGUAGGAAGGAGUCCCAACAGCGUGGGGUGCACACUGCGGAGGAGCUACUGCAAGAGUCCUAUCUGCGCUCCACCUCCUCUGACCAGAGGCAGCUGCAGAUGCUGCAGAGCCUCUGUCUGCUGGCCACCAGGGAGAAAGCGAACAUGGAGAUGGCCCUGGGCACCUUCAUUGAGAUGGCCCAGGCUGAGAAGGACAGUGUCCCCGCGAUACUGGCCAUGGCACAGGCGUACAUGCUGCUGAAGCAGACCCCCAAGGCGCGCACACAGCUGAAGCGCCUGGCCAAGGCUCCGUGGACUCUGGCCGAGGCGGAGGACCUGGAGAAGAGCUGGCUGCUGCUGGCGGACAUCUACUGUCAGAGCGGCAAGUUUGACCUCGCCUGCGAGCUGCUGAGGCGCUGCCUGCAAUACAACAAGUCUUGUUGCAAGGCCUAUGAGUACAUGGGCUUCAUCAUGGAGAAAGAGCAGUCCUACAAGGACGCGGCCACCAACUAUGAGCUGGCCUGGAAGUACAGUCACCAGGCCAACCCUGCCAUCGGCUUCAAACUGGCUUUCAACUACCUGAAGGACAAGAAAUUUGUGGACGCCAUCGAAGUCUGCCACAAUGUUCUCACGGAGCACCCCAACUACCCCAAGAUCAGAGAAGAAAUUUUGGAAAAGGCCCAAGGGUCCCUGAGGCCCUAGCUAUGGUCAGAAGGGAGCUGGGCCAGCACAAGUUACUGAUCUACACAAAUUUUAUGGGGAAGACAGCAAGUGGAUCCCUAGAGACAGAAUUCAGAAAAUGGCAUCUGUUGUAUGCAGUUUAUUUGUAGUCAUCCUGAUCUGACCUAAGGGUGUCUGGAAGUUACACUUUUUUUUUUCAAGGUAGGGUCUCACUCUUGUCCAGGCUGACCUGGAACUCACUCUGUAGUUUCAGGCUGUCCUUGAACUCACAGUGAUCCUCUUACCUCUC